CGCCGGAGGCCAGAGAAAGGAGUCCUGUCGCUUUAAAUCUGAAAUCCCGCGCAGGCUCCAGUUGUCGCGAUCUCCGAGGUCGCAUACAUAUUUCCCACAAUUCCCUUUCCUUUCUCUUGCCUCCCGCCGCCCAAGAUGCCUAAGGGAAAGAAGGCUAAGGGGAAGAAGGUGGCCCCGGCCCCUGCUGUCGUGAAGAAGCAGGAGGCCAAGAAGGUGGUAAAUCCCCUGUUUGAGAAAAGACCCAAGAAUUUUGGUAUUGGACAGGACAUCCAGCCCAAAAGGGACCUCACCCGCUUUGUCAAAUGGCCCCGCUACAUUCGGCUGCAGCGGCAAAGGGCUAUUCUUUAUAAGCGCCUGAAAGUGCCUCCUGCGAUUAACCAGUUCACCCAGGCUUUGGACCGCCAAACAGCUACUCAGCUGCUGAAGCUGGCCCACAAGUACAGGCCGGAGACGAAGCAAGAGAAGAAGCAGAGGUUGUUGGCUCGGGCUGAGAAAAAGGCCGCCGGCAAAGGGGAUGUCCCCACCAAGAGGCCACCUGUCCUUCGAGCAGGGGUCAAUACUGUCACCACUCUGGUGGAGAACAAGAAGGCCCAGCUGGUCGUGAUUGCACAUGACGUGGAUCCCAUCGAGCUGGUCGUCUUCCUGCCUGCCCUGUGCCGGAAGAUGGGGGUGCCCUACUGCAUCAUCAAGGGGAAGGCCCGGCUGGGGCGCCUGGUCCACAGGAAGACCUGUACCACCGUUGCCUUCACGCAAGUCAACUCGGAAGACAAGGGAGCGCUGGCUAAGCUGGUGGAAGCUAUCCGGACCAAUUACAACGACAGAUACGACGAGAUUCGCCGUCACUGGGGAGGCAACGUCCUGGGCCCAAAGUCAGUGGCCCGCAUCGCCAAGCUGGAAAAGGCUAAGGCGAAAGAACUGGCCACCAAACUGGGCUGAGCGCACUGCCACGUGUUCUGUACAUAAAAGUAAUAAAAAUUCUUUCAGCCACUGUCUGGCACAUUUGG